AUGGCAUUUAUGAAUGUUGUGGCGUUUGUAGCGCUGCUGUUGAUGUCUGUCAAUGCACAAUAUGAUGAUGCUGUGACUGCAUCCCAAUUGCAUGUGACGCCCAUUGACGGCGAAACACCGGACAUCACCGCCAUGGUUCCAGUUUUUUUCGCCCGAGAUUUGCUCAAGGAUCUCAAGCUAUUUAAUCUGAUUGGUGAAGUGGAGCAGGCGAGGCAUGAUUGUUCUGCAAAUGGAUUUGUCUUCCAGAUGAGUAACCCCUUACAGGCGGAACAAGUGAUUAAGGCUUGGGCCACACGACCCGGAGAGCUCACCAAACAGAUGCAGGUGCACCUUGCCAGAGAAGAGUGUCCUAAUGAUCUUGUUAGAAAGAAAAAUGCAAAAUAGAUUGUUAAAGUUCUAACAAUUGGUUAAAAACCAACCAAAAGACGACAAAGAAAUACCAAAUUUU